AUGGAACUCCAAGUGCAAGCCAAUGCUGAUUUGAGACUUCAAGAGACUGCCCAUCGACAGGAGAAACGGGCUAUCAAAGAAAAGGCCAGGGAAGAUGGAGCAAAGCCAGAUUUGCAUGGUUCAGAGGACGAUACAUUGCCAAAAAUGCCUGUCCGACAAGCGCACCCAGCAGAUAAGAAGACACACAACGAUCCGGCACAUCAUGGACCAGUUGUAGCGCAUGGAAAUUCCCAACCACAAGGUCAUCCGGGUCUAUCUCCAGGUAGCUUUCCUCAAGGGGGCUAUGUCCGUCACUUCCACCCAGUCGGGUAUCCGGGCUAUGGACCACCGAUGGGUCAUCCAGGUCCAGCUCCUCGUGGAGAACCCCCAAACUCUGAAACUAAGAAACAGAGCAAGGGGAAGAAUUUAAAAUCGAAGAAAGGGGCUAAGAAAGCCGAGGAAGGGUCUGAUGAAGACACAGGUGACGAGCAACCUGUCGCCAGCAGCGGAGGAGCAAAUAGGAAUAAGCACGAGGCCCUCCACGAAGCCGUCUCCAAGUCACAGAGGGGGAUGAAGAGCACCACCACUGUCAGUAAGAUAAAGGUACCGGGUGCGUCGAUUCAUAUUAAAAGGACUAAAGUCUCAGAUUCCAGCAAGACGAAAGAGUCGCGUCGUCAUCGGACGCGCAAUGUGAACGAAUCCAGUCAACCGAAGGUACCACACUCGGAAGCUUCCAAUCAGUUAUCUGUGGAAGCUGCUCCGGACUCGCAUGACCGCAGUCAUGGGGAAGUCAAGCAUGAGAGGAAGAGGGACUUUAAACAUGAUGAGCACAGUGAAGUCAAGCACGAGGAGGUCAAGCAUGAGAAGAAGAAGGAAGUCAAGUUUGAGGAGCAUAGUGAAGUCAAGCACGAGACUAAGCAACACACCUCCAGCGGCGUGAGAGUUUCGCAAUCCCGCAGCACGAUCGGUGUAGAUGCGACAAGCCAUCCCAAACCACCGGUCUCAGAUCACCCACACGAAUCUGCUGCCGUUGGUAACUCAAAAGCGCAGGCUGUUAUCUCUGAUCACACAGACAUCAAUACAUCGCACUCAUCUUCCAGCAACACGAAAGCUUCACAAGCUCAUAAGACCGUUGCGAUAGAUACGAGCCAUCCGAAGCCACAAGAUGCAGCAAAGAUUGACGGACUUGCCGCAAAUCAUACUCCAGAAUCGAAUGUUCAAGCCGCGGAUCACGUUAAAACUAAGGCUGAGCAGUCUUCUAAGAGUAAGAGUUCUUCGUGGCUUUCCAAGACGUAUGGGGUAAAAGCGAACGAUAAACUAAACCAGCAAUCCCCUGGUGACCAAAAUCCAAGCCCAGCAGCUGCAAGUCAUACUCCUGCAUCACAUCCUGCAGAUACCGACAACCUUCCCCGCCACACAGGAGCGGAGAAUAUGCAAAAUUCAUCCUCAGGCAAAUCGGGAUCCAGUAACACGCAUCCGAUACCUGGUAACAUGGACGCUAAGACUGCUCCAACAUCUACCAGGAAACUAGAGGCUGAUGCUUCAAACCCAUCGCACAGCAACUUGAAGACCCGUGAUCGUCUGAUUGGGAGCGUUGCAGAUGAAGCCAAUCUCCAGGGUGCCGGAAGAAGACCUGCCUCUCCGCAUCAGAUUUAUAACGAACCAGUGGUGAGUGUUGCAGAUGGAGCACAUGUCCAGGGGAUCAACAAGCAAUCUGUUCAGACGAGCAAUAAGGAUGAUAAUCUCGGAAAUCAUAAACCCAUCUCCGGCAAUAAUGUAAAACACGGUGUCCCAGCAAGAGACUCACCAACGCAUACUGCGAAACAGCACGCGACUGGCGAUCCGAUGUCUCGCACUCAGUCUGCAGGAAGUAAUUUACAAGAGGUCGUCUUGACCAAUAAUCCCUACGCCACGAGAGUCACCGAGGAGGAAGCAAGGCGAAAAGCUGUCGAGGCAGAGUUUCUUAGGCAUAACCCGUUGAAACAGCAACCUAUUGGGGGAGCGAAAAUCGAGCAGAAGCUGGAGGAGAGGCAGACUAACAUGAACGACAAAGGCAAGAAGAGCAUGAUAGGGAGUCCCGUCCACACCGAAGUAGGCAAGAGACCCGCCGACACGGGCAAUCCAAAGGCAAAAGCUGCUAAGGCAGUGGAUAAAUCCAAAGAGAAGGCUCCAAAGACGAACGACGCCGCAGAAGAAAAGAGCAAGGGAAACAGAAUGGGGAGCCUCUUCAAGACUGGUGCAAACAAGAAAACCACGGAAGCUGAGAAGUCCAAUCCACAAUCUGGGAAGCCGGAAGAAACGGACAAACAGAAGCCAAUAGAGCAGCAAAUUGCCGCAGAAGAUAAGGGUAAACAGGGUAUGAUGGGAGGUUUCUUUGGGGCUAGAGCGGAUAAGAAAACUGUCAAACCAGAGCCAACUGCUACAAAGGUACAAGGGAACGUCGAGCAAAAGCUAGCAGAGCAACCGGAUAAUUCGGGAGAGAAAGGAAAAAGGAGCAAGGUGGCGGGUCUUUUCCAGACUGGAUCAGAUAAGAAAGCUGUCGUGUCAGAUCAGCCGCAAGCUGAGGCUGCCAAAAGGCAGGGAGAGCAUAAAGGGCAUCAUUUAGCACCACAAGUGCCUGCGUCAGGGAAGAGCAAGCUGAUCCAAAGGCAGCCCAAACACCAAGGCCUCAGCCAAAACCUACAAACGGAAGAGCAGAGUAAGCAGGGUGUAGUGGGGAAGUCGCUGGCCAAACCUGAGAGUCACUCCCAAAAGACUACGGAUCCAAAAGUGGGAAAUGCAGAAAAGGUCCCGACCAAAGCUGCCAAUGUAGGGGAAAAGAAGGGAAAGGAUGCUAAAGACAAGAAAGAAAGCGGCAUCUUCAGGCUCAUGGGAAAGCGGACAGCUCAGCCCGUAGCUGCCGACAAGAAGGUGGAUGGUGAGCACAAACUUCAGCCUCCCUUUGAGGGAGUAAGAACUCCACAGAACACCAAAGCUGCUUAUGAGGGAGCUUGCGGAAGCCAGCAGAAAGCAACUCCGACAAAGCAACAAGAAGGGAAUCACGAGAAGCAUCCAGCGGCGCCUGAUAUAAACCAUCGUGUGGGAAUUCCUGAGAAGCAACAGGAGAGGAAACUCAGGUUGCACCCGAUAGUGAGCAAUAUCAAUCAACACCCACAAACCCCCGGGCAACAAGAGGUGCCUGCGAGAAUGUACCCAGCAGGACCUAAUAUGAUCAACCACUCGGCAACACCGAAACAACAAGAGAAGACAUCCAAAAUUCGCUCAGUAUCAACCAAUAUCAACCAACACCCCCAGACCCCCGAACAACCACAUGGUACUCCUCGAUGA